AUGGACUCUUCAGGAACGACACGGUUUCCCUCUAUGGUCUUUCAGAGUCACGAAUCGAUGUUGCGGCUAAUGAAGUCUCCAUUGGACCUCUGCGGAGAAGUGGUCACUGCACAAUCAUAUCUGAUGUACCCGUGUGCUGUCAUCCUCAUGCCGUCGUCCACGGAUAUACUUAGGUUCUGGAUAACCUCACUCAGCGUAGCGGCAGGUGCAAUCACUGCACAUUUCCUUCCACAGCUGGCCGUGAUCCCCACCUCCGGUCGUUUCAUAUCGAGCCUCAUGAAGACGAAAUGCAUCCAUAUUUUCUCAGUCCCAUCCUUCCUUCGAACCACUAAAUUCUUCAAUAUCAAUGGGCACACGAUUCCUCUGCUAUUCAGGCUCUUAAGAACGGAGGUCAGAGGUGUUUCAGUCACCUUUGCGAAAUCUGCGCCACCAGAAGGCUGGGAGUGGAUGAGAGUUGGUAUCUCAUCCAUCUUUCGCUGCAUCACUUGGUUGGUCUACAUGAUGGGUUGCUAGGAAUCUUGAUGUCGUGUUCGUGCGCACUGAGGAAGGAGGUAUAUAUCGAUUUGUCCAUCGUACUGUGACGUUCCUUCAUUUGCCACAACCGUCGCUUAUAACCUCUGGUCACGUCGUGGAUGUAUUAUACCGAGGGUAUUCAGGUCAUUCUGUAUUAUAUUCCAUAGGUCACUAGCGACAGUCGACCGGGAUGUAAUAAUGCG